AUGGAGGUUAUUGUUGGUGAAGAAGAAGCAACAUCACUUUCCGACGCACAGCUUGAAGACCCCUGUGUGAAUAAAACUUUUGUUCCUGUUGCGUGGGCUGCUGCUUAUGGUAGGAUGCUAGAUUAUAUCUUAAUCUUAAUGAGAGUCUCUUCUCCACUCUUGCUUAAUUUGCAGUGUUCCCAUAGAGUUAAUUGCAUUGACCAAUCUCUUUCUGCCCAAAUAAUGUUUUGCUAUUUUGUGGACAUAAGAGAGCAAUAAGACAUGUUGUGCCAAAGAGUAUGAAUUCAUUUUAAAGCAGGGGUCAGCAAACUUGUUCAGCAGGGGGCUGGUCCACUGUCCCUCAGACCUUGUGGGGGGCCGGACUGUAUUUUUUUUUGGGGGGGGGGGAGAGAACGAUUUUCGCCCGCCCACAAAGAGGCCUGAAGAUGCUUCGCUUUACCUGUCCCAGCUGUCAUCCCAAUAGCUGCAGUUGGGCUUCUCCAGCCAGCCAGGCACCGUGGCGGGGUAGGAGGCUGUGUUGGCCAGCGAAGACAGAAGCAGCAGCCCCGGCUGAGGAGCCACAGACAGAGGUAGGGGAACUGGGGCAUCACAAGCUUUUACCCACCACCUGCUGCUGCUGCUGCUGCUUCCCAAGAGGCACCGCAGAGAAGACAGAGCCGCCUGCCAACCCACAAGCGGCGGCCACGGCCACCGCAACAACCCGUCUGAACGCCAUGGGAGGAAUGAAGGAGGGAGGCAGGCAGCGAUGAAGAAAGUGUGCGAGGAAGCGGUGCGGAAAAGGGGCGUGGAGAAGGAAGGGAGGGUGGACUGAGGGAGAGGGAGGAGGAGCAGGAGGAAAACGCAGAAGCAGCUGGCACCCGGCGUCACACGCCCCCUUCACAGCGCCACCCUGUUGAGGCGGGUGGGCAGGCGAGCCAACUCACGCCAUAGAUGACGCCUGGCGUGGGACAAGAUUGCUCUGUCCUCGAGGAUAAAACCGCUGCCUUGAGAGGGAGAGGGAUGGAGAGGGAAAGAACAUGCGCACUGGCAAUCCACUCAGCAAUUCCCGGACCGUCCGUGGGCUGGAUCUAGAAGGCAAUUGGGCCUGAUCUGGCCCGCGGACCUUAGUUUGUCGACCCAUGUUUUAAAGGCUCCAGAAUGCUUUCCACCUUUUCCAGUUCAUAUAUGGGUUGAAAUAAUACCUUCAAAAUGAUGUUUUGUAGUUUAAUACUUACUGUUACUAAGGGAGGUGCAAAGUCUUGCUCAAAAAAUGCGUUUUCAAGCACUUAGUUGUAUAUUCUGUUUAUAAUUACAGAAAGUUGCCAGCCCACCUACACUUGGACUCCAAGUAGUACUCCUCUGAGGCAACUCCUGUUCCACCUAUUCUCCUUUCCUCAGAAAUAGUUGAUCUCACCUGAUGAAAUUAGAAAAGCAUUUGAAACAAACCUGCAGAAUAAAAUAAAAAUUAUAUUUCAUUUAAAAGAACCUCUGCUGCUAGAUGGCAAAUUCAGCUGUUGUUGCAAGUGUGAUCAGGUCAUAUGCUAUCUGACCAGUGUAUAAAAGCAGGUGUCUACAAAUACCAUCACCACAGUUGCCAUGGUUAUUGUAGAAGAAGCUAUUGUAUUUUGCCCUUUUGUUCUUUUAACUGUCGGCAUUUCCCAUUUUAAGCAGACAAUAUAGGCUGCUGCUGCUGCUGCUGCUGCUGUUGCCGCUGUUGCUGCUGCUGUGCCUUCCAUCCUGUCUCAUAAGUGGCUGACCAGAAGCACACAGCAUAAUUUUUAAACUUCCUUUCUACUUCCCUUAUUCCAUUUAGUUCCUGCUUCCAUAUAUACCCUUAUCUGUUCCUUUUCACUGGUAUAAAGGCAGGGCUGGCUCAGGAUGCUUGGCCACUUGAGGCAAAACUUAAAAUGAUGCUCUGCUGCCACAGCUCCCCACUGCCACCACAUCUGCAGCUGCUGCCCCUGUCUGAGCCAGCUGGAGGUGGCCUGAGAGUAAAAGGAGGCUGGAGAGGGGUGGGCAGCGGCAGGCAGUGCAUGAUGGUGGGAAUGGGUAGCAUGUUGUGCUCAGUGGAGGUGGCCAACAAGUGCAGGAGGUGGCGAGCAGCACACUCCUUGGAGGCCAGAUCUACCAUCCUUCCCAGCUGUCCGCAACCUGCUGUUUGAGGUGAUGGCCUUACUGUGCCUCUUGGGCAGGCUGUCCCUGAUCAAGUGUUAUAGUGCAGGGUCGAGAGAUGGUUGGCCAAAUAAUAUCUCUCUCUCUCUCUCUCUCUCUCUCUGUCUCUGUGUGUGUACACACACACACAUAUAUAUGGGCAAUAGCUCAAUGGUAGAGCAUAUACAUUGCUUUUAGAAGGUCUCUGGUUCAAUCCACAGCAUUUCCAUUUAGUAAGGUUCUCAGGUAGAUGCUGCUGAAAAAGACAAUUGUCUAAAAUCUUGGCAAGCUACUGUCAUCAACAGAACUGGAAUAAAUGGACAAGAGGUCAGACUCAGUGUAGAUCCAAUCUCAUUCAUUCAUAUGAGGCUUGUUGUUUCUGAAUGGUGUGACAGUACUGUUAAUGCUGUGACCUCUGCUUAUGUGGCAAAUGUUAUUUUUAAAAAUAGUUUCACACACACAUUUAAAGGCUAACCUUUUCCCCUAGGAGAUGAUAGAAGACUUCCCCGGAGGUAUGAAGACUGUCAAACACCAGGUGAGUAGAUGAAGACUUGCUUAUAUGUCUAGUAUUGCAAAGCAGUUCUUAACUACAGUUAGGCUCCAUCAGCAAUUUAAUAAGAAUCAGCGCAUGAAUGUUAGAAUAGCAGAUAAAUUAAAUGUAAAAGAAAGCAACAUUACAGUAUGAUAUUAAUCAGUUAUUUGGGUAGGGCUGUCCAUAGCUGCAGCCGUUGUUACCACAGCUGUGACAUUACCAAAAUAAACCCUCUUCACCUCUGCUUCAUUUGGGUGAAAGUCUCUAUCAAGAAUCUAAAGGAAGCAGGAAGGAAUUUGGGAAGGGAAACUAAAUUGGAGCAGAGAGCUGUGUAUCAGAUUCUUUGAUGGGACAAUUUUUGUUCCUUUCUCCCCUAUCAGUUCUGGAACCAGUGAAUCUUUCAUUAUAGGAGUGCUUUUGGACAUGUUUACUUAAGCGUGUUUACUCAAAAAUAAGUCCCACUGAGUUCAUUGGGGGUUAUUUCAAGUAAUGUGCAUAUGGUUGCAGUCUGAAUAGACAUAGACUCAUAUAUGAGAAUCAUAUUAGCUGACAGCAUUUAUUUAUUUAUUUAUUUAUUUGUUUGUUUGAUUGAUUGAUUGAUUGAUUGAUUGAUUAACUCAAAAUAUUUUCCCUGCUCUUCAGCUGACUCCAGAAUGGCUUAUGUAAGAUGAAUAGAAACAAAAGCAAAUAAUUGCUUUCUAUGUGUUAUAUUAAACAAUGUAUGUAGCUAUUUCCGGCGAGUGCUUCUAGCAUCUUAUUACGAAGCAGAAUCUCAUUGUCUUACUCUCAGUGCAAACACAAUUGCAGCGGCUGGUUCUUUCGCUAAACAGCUUCAGUUUUCAAAAUAAGCUCCUACAAGGAAGCUACUUGCAACAUUGUGAUGCGUAUCUGGUCUUUCAUAUCAGGACCCAACUUGGAUGCAAGAUUAGAAAGCAAAAAUGGUAAUGCAACACAAUACCUGCAAAUCUGUGAUAGCAUUAGCACAAACAGACUUCUUAAACAGAAAGCCAAAAAAAGGAGGAGAGGGGAAGCAAGGCAGUGGCAAACAGGUAAAAUUACUUUCUUGGCUAGAAUUUACCUACUUACCUGUAGCUUUUAACAUUAUUAAAUUAGAAUAAAAAAGAGUAGUUAUUGCCACAUUCUUACAUCAUUAGUAGGGUGGUUUGUUUAAAGAGAAAACUACAAUAAAAUUUUGUCCAAUUUUCUCUUAUUUUAUUAUCUGCACUGUCAGAAGAGUAUUUCCUGACUUAUUUAUACUGCAAUUUCAUGUAGUAUUCAUGUAGUAGCUAAGUUCUUGUUACAUUAACAUAGUAGGAGGGACAUGGGUUGAAAAUGGCAAAAAGAUAAUUUAUAAGAUAUUGUUCUUUAGUGUGUUGCAUUGUGGGUUUGUACACAUAAAACAGCUAGCAGAAAUUGUAAUUUGAAAUCUUUUACCGAUCAGCAAGAGGAAAAGAAUCCCCACCCAGGUUCAUUUUGUUUGCAGAAUUUAUAUAGAAAUAAGACUAUGAUGUAGUCCUUGUGGUGCAUUGUCACCUGCACAGCAGUAGAGAAUAUUCUCAUAAUUCAGCCACUUACCAUUUACAGUUUUCUGUCUGAAAACAAAAAUAAAAAAGUAUUAGGGAAUAAAAAUAUCCAAAGAAAAUGACUGAAUUUUGCAGUAGAGGUCCUUUUUUAUUCCAGCCAGUGUGAAAUACUGGAGUAAAAGUUUUCAAACAAAAACUAUCCAGGAAAACUGAUAUAAGUACAGUACACAUACCGUGUGUGUGUGUGUGUUUCCAAACACCAGGGGGAAUAAAAUAUCCCAUAUUUGGAAGCUUUUUGUUCCUGCUAACCUAAAGUGUUGGGGUAAAACUGUCCCAUGCCAUUUUUCAAACAAAAACUGAUUCAUGGAAGCCUGACACCAUAUAUGUUUUUGUUUUGGAACUACCCUGAGGUACAUUGGAACUUGGCUUGGGAUAGUAAAUUGUCUCUCAUAGCAAUCCAUAUAUAAUAGUUGCUUUCUGGUAUUGGAUGAGGAGUUGUUAGCCAAAAUACCAUUGACAAGUGUUUUGAACUUGUCACACUAGAAAGUUGCUAAGUUGCUAAACUGAAAAGACUGUAAGAGGAAGGUCUGGCCUUGUAUGCCUCUUCUUUGAGGCUGCAUAACGAUUUGCAGUGUUAGAGUAGAGAUUUUGGAGAGAGUAAAAAGGAGGCAUUCCAAUAAUGUGCUGAAACUGGAUCCAUAGAAUCCAUCCCCCUCCCACUGCACUGACAUGUCCCCAGAAUUGGGGGGAAACUAUGCUAACCCUGUAGCUGGCAUUGUUUAUUUCCCUCCAUUUGGAAUACAGUGGAACCUUGGUUGUCGAACGCUUUGGAAGUCGAACAUUUAGGCUUUUUAACACCGACAACCUGGAAGUGAAUGCUUCUGUUUUCUAACGUGCCUCGGAAGUCAAAUGGCUUCCGAGGCUUGUUUCUCCAUUUUUUCAAUGGAUUUUGCCGACCUCCCAUUGCGCGUCGGUUGUCUAACGUUUCGGAAGUCGAAUGGUCUUCUAGAACGGAUUACGUUCGGCAACCAAGGUUCCACUGUAAAUGGGAAGGUAACUUUUUAAAAGAAAUAAAAAAUGAUAACAGGAAAGGAAAAAUUUAUAAAAGGCAAAAUGCAGCCCUGCCCUCCUCCACACUUUUUGCCCUGCUGGCCUGAGCCUGGUGGGUCAUAGGAAAAGUUGUUAAUCUGCCUUUAGUUCUCUCUCCACUCCCACUUUUGGAUUGCUCUGCUCACUAUUUUUUAUGAUAUUGUGUUGUGUUUGACUGAUGUCAGAAUUAUUCUUUUUCUUGUUACAAUUUAUUUCAUGAUAUUUUAUGUUUAUUUAAAACAGCUGUUAUAAUAGGUCCUGAUGGACAGCCCUUAACUGUCUACCCUUGUCAUAUAUGUGGGAAAAAAUUUAAAUCCAGGGGAUUCUUGAAAAGGCAUAUGAAAAACCACCCAGAUCACAUGAUUAAGAAGAAGUACCAAUGCACAGAUUGUGAUUUUACAACUAACAAGAAAGUAAGCUUUCAUAAUCAUUUGGAAAGCCAUAAGCUUAUCAACAGAGCUGACAAAACGCACGAAUUCACAGAGUACACCAGGCGAUACAGUGAAGCAAGCCCACUGAGUUCAAAUAAAUUGAUCUUAAGAGAUAAGGAACCUAAAUUGCACAAGUGCAAAUAUUGUGACUAUGAGACUGCAGAGCAAGGACUGCUUAAUAGACAUCUGCUUGCGGUCCACAGCAAGAACUUCCCUCAUGUUUGUGUUGAGUGUGGAAAAGGUUUCCGACAUCCUUCUGAGCUCAAAAAGCAUAUGAGGACCCACACAGGGGAGAAGCCUUACCAGUGCCAGCAUUGUGUCUUCCGUUGUGCUGAUCAGUCCAAUCUGAAGACACACAUCAAAACCAAGCAUGGUACUGACCUGCCCUUUAAGUGUGAACAUUGUCCACAGACAUUCACAGAUGAGAAAGAACUCCAGCAGCACACAGAGUUGUUUCAAGGACAUAAGACUCAUCUGUGCCCACAUUGUGACCACAAGAGCACCAACUCGAGUGACCUGAAACGACAUAUAAUAUCUGUUCACACAAAGGACUUUCCUCACAAAUGUGAGGUGUGUGAAAAAGGUUUCCAUCGUCCAUCAGAGCUCAAAAAGCACAGUGAAACACAUAAAGGUAAAAAGAUACAUCAGUGUAGGCACUGUAACUUUAAGACUUCAGAUCCUUUUGUACUUAGUGGACAUAUCCUCUCAGUUCACACUAAGGACCUGCCUUUCAAAUGCAAAAGAUGCAAGAAAGGAUUUAGGCAACACACUGAACUGAAGAAGCAUAUGAAGACCCACAGUGGAAGAAAAGUCUACCAAUGCCAAUAUUGUGAGUACAGCACUACAGAUGCAUCAGGCUUCAAGCGGCAUGUCAUAUCAAUACACACAAAAGACUAUCCGCACAGGUGUGAGUACUGCAAAAAGGGAUUCCGUAGACCAUCAGAGAAAAAGCAGCAUAUAAUGAGGCAUCACAAAGAGGCCUUAAUAUAA